GCGGCGGGGCGGCCUGAGGAAAGGGCGGCGAGACUCCCCCCCAGUCCCGUGGGGCCGCCAUGCUGUUCCGCUUCGGCGUGGUGCUGCCCGGCCGCAUGGCGGAGGGCGACGGCGCGGUGCUGGUGGCCGGCUCGCGGCCGGAGCUGGGCCAGUGGGACCCGCAGCGCGCCGUGCCCAUGAAGCCGGCGCGGGCGGCGGCGGCGCUGUCGGCGCAGGAGCCGGCGCUGUGGCUGGGGGAGGUGCUGCUGCCCGGCGAGGAGGCCGCCAGCCCUUUCUGGUACAAGUUCCUGCGGCGGCAGGGCGGCCGCCUGCUCUGGGAAGGUAAUGGGCCCCAUCAUGAUCGAAGUUGUGUUUACGAUGAGAGCAACAUAGUCGAUGGAGUUUACUGCCUCCCAAUAACACACUGGAUUGAAGUCUCUGGACAUACUGAUGAGAUGAAACAUACAACUGACUUCUAUUUUAAUAUUGCAGGACAUCAGGCUAUCCAUUACUCCAGAAUUCUGCCAAACAUCUGGCUAGGAAGUUGCCCUCGGCAGCUGGAGCAUGUGACUGUCAAGCUAAAACACGAGCUGGGUGUUACAGCGGUGAUGAACUUCCAGACUGAGUGGGACAUUGUUCAGAAUUCCUGGGGCUGCAACCGCUACCCAGAACCCAUGAGCCCUGAAAUACUCAUGAGACUAUACAAAGAGGAAGGUCUUGCCUAUGUCUGGAUGCCAACUCCGGAUAUGAGCACUGAAGGAAGAAUACAGAUGUUGCCACAAGCUGUCUGCCUAUUGCAUGGGCUGCUGGAGAAUGGACACACUGUCUAUGUUCACUGCAACGCUGGCGUUGGCAGGUCUACAGCUGCUGUCAGUGGCUGGCUGAAGUAUGUAAUGGGAUGGAACCUACGGAAGGUGCAGUACUUCUUGGCUUCCCGGAGACCAGCUGUCUACAUAGACGAGGAAGCCCUGAUUCGUGCUGAAGAUGAUUUCUACCAGAAAUUUGGACCUCUUCGUUCCUCAUGCAAAGUGCAAGAGUAGAAAAGCGGAAGAGGAAAAGGAAGGUGAAGAGGAAUCCUUGCAUGUGAACCCCAAGGAUUUAGAAAUCAUGAGUCAAAUUCCUGCCUCUCCUCAUCAGAUUAUACACUUGUCAUAACAGCUUGAAAAUUUUGUUAAAAAGUGCCUUUGAGUGUUUUUAUUUGCCUUCUUUAAGUUGAUGCGAUUCAUGUUUUCAGGCCUUUAGCUGCAAAUACAAGACCUAGAAGCUCUGCAAAGGGAAACUAAGAUUCUGUUUUAAUUACUUGCCUACAGGAACUUAAGCAAGGUUCCUAGGUUCUUAGGGUAGACACUAAAUAAGGUAAGACAUAAAAUAAUUAGUGUUGGCAGUAUUUUAGUGAGAAGAAAGGGAAGGAAUUCUCAGAAAAACAGAUACAAAGAUCGACUGACUUCAUGUUCAAGUUUUGAUGGGGCUGAUAGUCAAAGUUGCUCAGUUAUUUUAGAGUGUACAUUAUUGAAAUGUUUUCUAGUAAUUUUUAGAAGAAUGGUAUUAACGAGAAAGACCAGAAGGAAACUGAUUUUCCAUCUGAGUUUCUUAAACAAAAACUGAUAGCUAAUGCAGUGAACUAAAUUUUGCUUUCUUUGCCUAUCCAGUCAAUGUUAAAUAUUAUGAGUUACAGCUAUGUUCUUUUAUGACAUUGAGGUUAAGCUACAAUGUGACACGAAGAGAGGAAACAGCUCCACUUAAUAGAGUCUUAUUGUGUUGCAGAGAAGAACUGCUAUUUAUUACGUUAUCCUAGUCUGUGAGCUCUGUAAGUCACAGGUACGUUUUGCUCUUCUGGUACAUGCAGUGCUGUGAAGUGGGAUCUCUGGGUGCUAUGUCAAUUAGUGACAUAGUGACCACUAGCCUAAAGCAGAACGUGUAGGAACUACUUGAUGAGCCUCUGCAUAUGACUGGUAGUACAGCCUCUGUGUUGUUGACCUAGAUGGAUUUCUUCUCUACAGCAAAAAUCUCUUAAUGUGGAAGAAAUCUUUUCAGCCUGUGGAAGAUGAUGGUGGGCUGUCUCUGGGGCGAAUGGGGCAAGUGUGUUCCUCUAUAGGAGCAAAGAAAAAGUCUUUGGGCAGUUUACUCAGGAAUGUGGUCUAGGUCAGGCUAGUGUUGGCUCUGUGGAUGAUUCCUAAUGUUUUCCAGAGCUGCUCAGUGCCUUAGAUAAACUAAGAAGUGGUACCAAUAGCUUCCAGCCCUGCUCAGGUAAAAUCAAUUUGCUGUAGGUUAUGUCCAAGAGAGAUCAAGGGAGAGAAAGCAUUCCCUAAGGAACAGAGGAUUAACGAUGCAUCAACAUAUGAAUUUCAUUUCUAUAAGUUCAGUAAAAUCUCUUUACUUUUCAGCCAGCCAUCAUAUUCCUCUAAAGAACCAGUCAGUGCCGGAGUAGUUUAGCUGAUAUGUUUUGAUUAUUUGAAUACUUAAUGGAAAAACUAUUGGAUUUGAAUUGUUUAUGGAGAAAGUCCAGCAUAAUGCAAUAUGUUUUAUUUAUCUUUAAUUAUCUUCAAAAGGAAGAUGGCAAUUUAAGUUAUUCUAAGUGUGUGGUUUUGAUCUUGAAUUAAUUUGUGUUUUGUUGUUUUUGUUGUUUUUGUUUUGCUUUGAAAUAACAUUGCCUGUUUAGAUAUGAACCGUUAAUGAAUAAUGUCCAGCAUAAUACAAUGUUUUGUUUACCCUGUAUUUAUAUCAUUUUCAAAAGGAAAAAAAAAUGUUUAUUUAAGUUAUUCUAUAUAUGUGAUUUUGAUCAUUACUUUUUUUUUUUUUUGCUUUGAAAUAACACUGCCUGUUUAGAAAGUGGAUGACAAAAGUUCACUAUUAAAUAACAACAUGCUGACAAUUCCAG